GUGUCAUAUUAAUGGUGUCUAUCCUGUACUGACGUCUAUAUAGUGUCUACGCGUGUCUAUACAGUAAGCAUAAGUGAUGUGAACAGCUAUUUCUUAGGCUAUUCUUAUGUCUCAUGAUUGGUGUUGUGUUUGCAUUGAAUGAGAUGAUUGCGAACCCAUUGAAAGCCCAUUGAAUACAAUCCAAUGACUGCAUUGAAUUGAUGAUUGAAUUGAAGUUUUUAAUUAACGCUAUUAUAAGCGCAUAAGAGUUGACUCAUUGACUCAAUGCUCACAUCACUUGCCGUUUGAAAUAAACAUUGAUUUGUUUUUCAAUUGUAAAACUCAUCCAUUCAUACAUUUCAUUGCAUUUGAUCCGCCAAUUGAUACCAAGACUCAGCGAUGGCUAAAAAGACUUACGACUUGUUGUUUAAGCUUUUAUUAAUCGGCGACUCGGGUGUGGGAAAGACAUGUAUACUCUUCAGGUUCAGCGACGACGCCUUCAACACCACAUUCAUCUCAACCAUAGGCAUUGACUUCAAGAUUAAAACUAUUGAAUUGAGAGGAAAACGGAUUAAACUUCAGAUUUGGUUUGGAUACGGCCGGACAGGAGAGGUUCCACACGAUAACGACCAGCAUAAUGUCCCCUCGCUACCCAUAUUACAAUCAGAUGCUGUAGUGUUUAGGGUUCUCGAAACUAUUGUAGCGGUUUACCGACGCUUUAUAGCUACUUCAUUACGUAAUUAUGUACUGUACUCAACAGUCCCCUUAUCUCACAAUCUGUUUAUCUCGUGUGUUGUUCAGCACGCCAACGAAGACGUGGAGAAAAUGAUUUUAGGAAAUAAGUGCGAUAUGGAUGACAAACGGAUGAUCACCAGAGAGAGGGGUGAGACCAUCGCCAGGGAACACAACAUUAGGUUCUUGGAGACCAGUGCGAAGGCCAACAUCAACAUAGACCGAGCUUUCCUCGAAUUAGCCGAAGCCAUACUCAAUAAGGUCUGUCAUUAUCACGCAAUCGCUUCCCAUUCAGUGUUGUAA